CUCACAUUUAAACAAAAGCCAAAGGCCGUGUCUUUAUCUCUCUCUAUUUCUAAAACUGCGCUCCCACCACAGACAGUGAUUGUCCUUCCUCCCGCCCCGUCCAACACAGACGCAGGAAACGUUUGUUUGCCCAAACACAAAAUGGCCGCCGAAGCUGUCGGCGCUUUUCUUACACGUCACGUGUUAAGACGCUGACGAAGCCGGUAGGGCAAAGGUUUUCCGCGUACAGAUUAUAUCUGCUGUCCUCACCUCACCCUGAAGAGGAAGAAACAACGUAAUUGUGAACGAGCAGCCAAGACUCCCGCCAUUAAUGAGAGAGGGCGGAGUUAGGGCUUUGGUGCAAGUGACUCCUGACAGGAAACUUGAGGAAGAGGCGGCGCAUUAGGAGUGACGAGCCCUGGGCAAUCAUGAAAACUACCUCACAAACUCAGAAAUGCCGAGAGGCCUCUAGUAGGAAGACAUAUAUGUGUGAUACCUGCCCCAAGGAAUUUGAAACCCCUUCCAAACUGGCCAGGCAUUAUCUAACCCACACUGGGCAAAAGCCAUUCCAGUGCCAGGAUUGCCCAAAGCAUUUUCGGCAACUGGUCCACCUGGAGAGACACAAGAGGACUCACGUACGACCGUUCCAGUGUAACAUCUGCCACCUCAACUUUAAGAACAACGAGACUCUUUUAAAGCAUCAGCAGAGACAUCGAUUUCAUUCCAGCGAAGGAAAAACGGGCAAGAAACCAUCAACCGCUACUCAGAGGAAUUCCGCUCCUGACUACUGUACUAAGUGUCGUAUGGUGUUCACUACCGAAGAGACUCCGCUGAUCCAUCAAUGUGACUUCCACAAUGUCGUCCUCAAUAAAAAAUUAUCACAUUGCGAUUUAUGUGAAAAAGUCUUUGCAUCUAGGUCUAAGUUGGAGAGGCACAUUCUAAUUCACACGGGCCAGAAACCCUUCUCAUGUGUUAUAUGUGGUAAAGCUUUUAGACAAAAAGCUCACCUUAAAAUCCACCAGAUAACCCAUACUCAGGAGAGGCCCUUUCAGUGCAGCCAUUGCUUUAAAUCAUUUAAGACCUCAGGGAAACUCCUCAAGCACAAAGAGGUACACACACAACAAGUGCAUCUUCACAAUAUCCUAAAUAAGACUUCAAGGACUGUAGUACCAGUUGAGAGUGUUUUUUUCCAGACAGUGAAGGAAGAACGUAAUGAUGUCUUAGUGUACGUAGUUCCUUAUCAGUGUCCCACUUGUGACCAGUGCUUUGAAUCCCAACAAUUCCUAAACAAGCACCCCUGUUUUAUAACAGAGGAUGGAAAGCCUUUAAAAGGAAGGUUUCUCAAAAGGACUGCAAAGCAAAGAGACAGAGCCCAACUUGUGUCAAACAAAAAAGAGACGUCUAUGUCUGUUGGAAGAGUUAUGAAAACAAAUCAGUUUGGGGAUACCAAGUCCUUGGAGCCAAGAGACCCCCUGUGUCAGAAGAGAGAGUCCAGUCUAGAUCUGCAUAAACCGCAUCUGCAUAGAAAAGCAUUCAAGUGCAACACAGGACAAUCACAUAUCCUACAAGGGCACCUUGAGAGUCAAGAAUUAGGAUUCUGUUUUCAGGAAUAUCAGAUAAAUGGAGACACUGAUUACAAUUCAGAAAAAACAUUUAUCUCUGCCAGGAGGGAGUCUGUGGAUGAGAGUGAUACACUUCGCCAUUUUCUGCGAGGUGCCAAAGGUGUACUGAGGCACAUGAAUAAAUGUGAUCAGUGCGAGAAAGCUUUUCCCUCUUUAUCCAAGCUACGCAGGCAUUAUCUAAUUCAUACUGGGCUGAAGCCCUUUACAUGUUCUGAAUGUGGAAAGAAAUUCCGUCAGUCGGCCCACCUAAAAAGACACCAAGUUACUCAUAAAAGGAGAGUUACUCUUCAAAGGGUGAAAGAGACAUUUGACGAUUUUCACCAAGUGCUUGUUCGAGGCACACAGGUUGGUUAUCGCUAUUCACAAAACAUGAAUUAUGUUACAGACCUUCUGGAAAACCUUCAAGCAUGUGACUCCUCGGUGCAAUAUGACAUUCCAGAGAUUAAGGUAGAAAUAGACUCCCCAUGUGAAUUUACAAGCAUCCAGAAGUUGCAAGCUGUGGGCCAACAAAAAUCCAGGAAAUUUGUGUCAAGAGACUGUGCUUCAAAGUUCCGGUCGGGACAGCCACAACACUCAAGGAGAACUUGUAGUGUCCGUAAAAGCUAUAAAUGUAGUGUGUGCACCAAAGUAUUUAUUUCACCUUCCAAACUGGAGCGACAUUAUCUAAUACAUGCAGGACAGAAACCAUUCCACUGCUUUGAAUGUGGCAAGAGCUUUAGGCAGUAUCCCCACCUGAAACGACACCAACUCACACACAUCCAUGUCAGAACUUAAGCCUUAGGCACUAAUUUCUUACCUUCCUCGCUAUAAAUUCUUUUUAAAUAUAGAAGAAAAGUUAUUUGUAAUCAAAUCAAUGUUAUUCUGAAUAUAUAUAUAUAUAUAUAUAUAUAUAUAUAUAUAUAUAUAUAUACAUUUUCAAAAUUCCCACAUUCGAAUUUCAAUCCCUCUAUUUGAAUGUAAAUUUGAAUGUGAGAUUUAUCACACCUCAACCAUGGAAACAGUCCUAAUUCACCUAAAACCUGCCAAGUUCAUGUACAAGUCAAUAGCAGAGGUCCGUUGAGCCAUUUGGAGAUGUUAAUAGCCUGAAAUUCGAGGUUUUUUUCGGGGGAAAAAACUAGAUUCGUAUGAAUUGAAUACGAUUUGAACCCCUGAAUCCUUGGCGAAAGAUUCGGCUGAAUACCAAACAGAAUCUGAAGGGUGGGAAGGGGAAACAUUUUUUACUUCCUUGUUUUGUGAUAAAAAGUCACGCGAUUUCCCACCCUGCUCUGAAUUUGCAUAGGCAAAUUCAGAUUUGGUUCGGCCGAAUCCUGCUGUAAAAAGGCUUGAAUUCUGAAAACGAUGCAACCCUAUUUUCAUUAUUUAAUACAUUUUCCUAUUUGGUGUUACUGCCCCUUUAAGGGGUUGAUAUAACAAUAUUCAGGUUUGAGGAAACAGAACCCCAUGAAAAAAAUACUGCUUUUUUUUUUUACUAUUGCGGAGUACGACCGUUAACGUUAUAGUCAUUGUUGCGUUUUGUCACCGAAUGUAAGUCACUCCAAUAAUAAUCACAUUGUUCCACUAAUUUUUAAUUAGGCUGAAAAUCUCGACUAGCGGAAAACUAAACUUGCUUCAAAUCUUCAAAGACAAUUCCCGAUGACUCCUAUAAAAACUCGGCAGCUUUUGCUUGCUGUGUUUUUUAUAGCGUUGUUUCUUUAAUAAAUGGCAACUAUUCAAGCUUUCAAAAAAUAUUUUGGUUAUAUUUACAUUUUUUUCUGUGUGUUUUUUCUUACAUCACGAAAAAAACCCAAUCUUGAUUUUCGAUAAACCUGUCCCCUGGUCCUGUAAUUUUAAAGGGGUGGUUAUCCUUUAAGUUAAUUUAUAGUAUGUUAUAGAAUGUUCAUUAGACAUAACAAUGCUGAUAAUAUCAAUGGAAGAUAAGUAGAGCAACAGCCUCCUAGUUUGUUGGCUGGGUGGUGGGAAAGAACUGGACUGCUAAUACAACUGCCAUUUGCUCUAUAAAUGAAACUGUGUACGAAUGUGUUUUUCUUCUCUUCCUGGUAUUUUUUUUUUUUCUUUCACAAACAAAUUUGUCCCUAGAAAUAAGGGAUUGUUAUAUUGUGUGUUCCAAGAAUACAUCAAAAACUGAUGGGAAAAUGCUAAUGUGA